UUUCUAGUGUUCCGUGUGUGUUUGUGUGUGUGUAUGGAUUUGGUGUUGGUGCAUAAGUUCAUAUCCUUAAAUGACUAUUUCUGAACCGAAUUGAACUGCUUACAUUGUGUGUUGUGGAUAUUCAUUAUUCUAUCUUGCAAAGGGGGGAGGAUUUUCCAAAAUAGCGAGACGCUAGAAGCAAGCGUAUUAGUGGCAUCGGAAGUGAUUGAACAAAAUCGAGCUAGUUUAUUCUAUUUUGACCACACAAGAACUAUUUAUAUGAAAUAAGCCAUCAUUCUAAAUUCGUAUUGCAUAUAAUAAUUAAUCUUAAUAAUCUUUAUUACCUGUUUUUAAAAAGCAGACAAAACUUUCCACAAAACCUUCUACGUAGUAGACGCGUUGUUUCGAUUCCUUUGAAAUGCUUCCCAACAAAAGAAAAAUAAACAGCAAAAAAGCAAAAAAGUAAACCGACUCCAUCGUAGUAAUCCACGCGCACCCAAAACAUGUCUACCCCGCACUUCCGUCCCCUCUCGCUCCCAUCGUAAGCUUCAGCACCUACUCUUCAAAGCCUACCAUGUUCUUCGCAAGCAAGACCUAUGGUGGGCACUAUAUAUGCACUAAAUGAAUUUCCAUGACAGUUUUCCGCAGUACGUAUACGUAUUAUGUGUGUGUAUGUGCGCUCGCGUGCGUGUGUGUGGUUUGUGAUGUAAAAUUUGAAUGUACGGUACAGUUGGUUGUACUGUGCAGCCAAAGGUCGUAGUGUGUACACAAUGAAUCGAUCGGCAGUAUGAAUCAUCCGUCGGGAAAUUGCUCCCCACUGGACAUUGCGCCAUUGUGUGAAAAACCACCCAGUAUAGUGUGCGUGUGUGCGUGCUUGUGUGCGAAUGUGUAUUAGCACACCCAUUAGGUGUAGUGUGCGCGCCUGUGGCGUGCGUGCGCAAAUGUGUGGAAAGGAAAACUGUUUUCCACAGUAUGCGUGAUUGUGUGUGUUUGUUUGCUUGUGUGCGAUGGACGGAGGGGGAUAUUGCGCAGCUGAGCGAACACAAUGAGCAGCUGCGAGCUUAUGUGUGCGUGCCAAAUGAAGCGAGAGGGAAAUGAAAAUUUUUCUCGUGUAUGUGGGUAUGUGUGUGUGUGUGAGUGGGUGAAGGAAAUUGAGGAGGUGGUGGAAUAAUACAGACAAACAGGGAAAAAAAGAAGAAGAACCAAGUGUACGUUAUGUAUGUGUGCGAGAUGUGAACAAACACAAAUGCGCUCUGUUUGUGCGAAGGAUACCAUACAAAAAAAAAUCCCCCAGCAGUUCUGUAGCGUACGAUAUAUCCAACGGAUUGCCCAUCGAGCAAGGAAAGGAUUUAAUAACGUUCGACCCAAAUCGGGUGCCGAAAAUCGAGUUCUCGAAUAGGGAUUGUUUUUGAGCAGUGGUUCGCACCGUUGGUCAUUUAUAUCUCUGGUGAAAAAUUUACACACCAGUGCGUGUUGGUCAUCCGUACCGUCCUAGUGCGUCGUGCAUUAGCUGCACACGGUUUGCGUUUUGUGCAGUGUUUAGCCGACCAUUAACACUUUAAUCCCGUGUAUAAACGCACCUUGUUGUGACAUUCAAAUUGUAGUGACACUGUUUCUAGUGCAAACGAUAGUGGUGUGAACGGUGUCAGAAACGCGCGAAAAACACAAAUCAAACGGUCCAAAAAACAAAGCAACAAAAAAAAACAACUUCUGCGGAUAAAAACCGUUGAAGGAUUGAAGGAGUGUCGUAGUUCCUUGCCGUUUCAGCGUACAUAAAACAGCAACAAAAACUACUAUGUCGUCCUCUGUGUGGCUAGCUGCCGUCGCAUUUGUCCUGGUGGCGCUAUGCUCUACGAAUCCUAGCCAGGCUGCGUCGCCACGAUGGGAACCACAGAUUUCGGUGCUGUGCGAAGCCGGACAGACGUACCAUCCGCAGUUCCUGUCGGAGGAAGGCCGAUGGACAACGGACCUGAGCAUUAAGGUACCCGGCUCGACAUGUCUCCGUGACAAGAUGGAUCUGCUGGACUACUGCAAGAAGGUAUACCCGGGACGAGACAUAACAAACAUUGUGGAGUCUUCGCACUAUCAAAAGAUCGGUGGUUGGUGCCGCCAGGGUGCUCUCAAUGCAGCCAAGUGCAAAGGAGCUCAACGGUGGAUUAAACCGUUCCGGUGUCUCGAGGGACCAUUCCAGUCGGAUGCGCUGCUCGUACCGGAAGGUUGCCUGUUCGAUCACAUUCACAACGCGUCCCGCUGCUGGCCCUUCGUCAGGUGGAACCAAACCGGUGCGGCCGCCUGCCAGGAUCGCAACAUGCAGAUGCGUAGCUUCGCCAUGCUGCUGCCCUGCGGCAUUUCGCUCUUCUCCGGCGUAGAAUUCGUCUGCUGUCCGAAGCACUUCAAAGCUGUACCGAUGAAGGUGAAGAAAACGGAUCUGCCUGUACUGCCACAAGACACCGACAUGCUACCGGCGCUAGACGAUGGCAGCUCGGAUGGGGUUUCGGACAACAAUUCGGAGGAUGAUGAAGACGAUGACGAUAUGGACGAUGAGGAGGACGAAGAGAUGCUGGGCGAUGAACCGAUCGAGAGCGAUGAUGAUGAGUACGAUUCGGAUGAAGAUUUUGACUCGGGCAGUGACAAACCAUCGUCCGGUGCGGAUACGAUCGAUACGGGUUCGGCUGCAUGGGAUAGCUUCACGACACCGCCACCAUCAGCUGCCGGCGGCAAGGAUGGACUGAAGCAGAAACAGCAGGCAGACAUCGGGGGUCCGAUCGGUGGUAUGCUGUACGCCGGUGGAUAUGCCGCCAGCUCGACGGAAAAGUCGGGUACGAUCGAUCUGGUUACGACGCCGAUCACGGCCAUCCCCACGCCUGAUCCAUACUUUACGCACUUUGAUCCGCGCAACGAGCACCAAAGCUUCAAGAAUUUGCAUGCCGAAUUUCAGGAAGCCCAGCAGCGGCUCGAGGAGAGCCACCGCGAAAAGGUGACGCGCGUCAUGAAGGAUUGGUCCGAUCUGGAGGAGAAGUAUCAGGAUAUGCGGUUGGCCGAUCCGAAAUCGGCACAAACGUUCAAACAGCGUAUGACGGCCCGGUUCCAGACUUCUGUGCAGGCACUGGAAGAGGAAGGCAACUCCGAGAAGCAUCAGCUGGCGGCCAUGCAUCAGCAGCGCGUACUCGCCCAUAUUAACCAGCGCAAACGGGAGGCCAUGACCUGCUACACCCAAGCCCUCACCGAGCAACCACCGAGCUCUCAUCGGGUGGAAAAGUGUUUGCAGAAGCUGCUACGUGCUCUUCACAAGGAUCGUGCCCAUGCUUUAUCGCACUAUCGGCAUCUGCUCGGUUCGGGCGGUACCGGUGGCCUGGAAGCGGCCGCAUCCGAGCGUCCCCGCACCCUGGAACGGCUGGUCGACAUUGACCGGGCGGUGAAUCAAUCGAUGGCGAUGCUCAAACGCUACCCGGAACUAUCGGUAAAGCUGUCCCAGCUGAUGGAUGAUUACAUCCAAGCGCUACGCUCCAAGGACGAAACGCCCGGCUCGAUGCUGGCCAUGACGGAGGAAGCGGAAGCGGCCAUACUCGACAAGUAUCGCAUGGAGAUUGAGCGCAAGGUCAGCGAAAAGGAGCGUCAGCGAUUGGCCGAAAAGCAGCGCAAGGAGCAACGGGCACAGGAGCGCGAGAAGAUACGCGAAGAAAAGCUUCGCCUGGAGGCUAAGAAAAUGGAAGCCGCUUACAAACAGCAACAACAGCAGCAACAGCAACAACAACAGCAAAAGCAACAACAAGCUCAACAGCAGCAGCAACAACAGCAGCAACAGCAACAGCAGCAACAGCAGCAGCAGCAAGCACAAAUGAUUGCUGCUACAUUUGCAGCAUCACAACAGCAGCAGCAACCGAUGCAAACCCAACAACCGACGCUUACGGAUCAACCACAAACCCAAAAGCAACAACCGGACAUGGAAGCCCAAAAGGAAACAGACACCACCAAGGACUACUCCGAAGAAGCGGCCGUAACGAGCCCACAGCCGACGGCUCUUCCGACGGUGGACGAUGAAGCGGUACAGCGUGCGGUCGAGGAAGUUGCUGCGGCCGUCGCCCAUCAGGAAGCCGAACCAAAGAUGCAACACGUUCUGGCCCACGACAUUGGCCACGGUGAACCGAGCUACUCAGUUCGACGCGAAGUCUACAGCUCCAGUGGACGGGACAGCAAGCACGUAUACUUUACGGUCGGUUUCGCCGGUGUUGCCCUGAUGGCUGCGGUGUUCGUUGGUGUCGCUGUUGCCAAAUGGAAAGCUUCCCGAUCACCUCAUGCUCAAGGAUUCGUCGAGGUAGAUCAGGCGGUCGGUGCACCAGUCACCCCCGAGGAACGGCAUGUAGCCAACAUGCAGAUCAAUGGGUACGAAAAUCCAACCUACAAGUACUUCGAAAUCAAGGAAUAAAUUCCCCCAAAGGAUGGAAAACAUCAUUGUCGGUCAGGGCCAUGAACCACUCCAAACUGGUCGCUGCUUAAUGGUCGAAGUAGAAAGCAAGUACUUCAGGCGCUAAGAUCCUUGAGAGGUACGAUUAAUGUGUAAUGUCAAAAGAAGAAGCAAAUCAACAGCGAUGCCGGGUUGCAGGAGAUGAAAAAUCGAUAUUCGUGGUAAUAAAAAACAAGAAGGGAAAAAUGUUAGUUGCAGUGGAAAAAAACACGUAAAAAACACACACUCACACACACACACAACAACAGCAGCAGAAAAUAAAAGAAAAAGGUACACAACAAAUACACAACCAUCAACUGGGUGUACUUGAAACAAACUACUAUCUACCAAGCUAUACCAAAACAUAACUAAAACACAGUUACGCAAUAUGCGUAGUUAUUGUCUUGUUUUUGUUUUUUUUUGUUGUUUUGAAUAAAAAGAAACAUGUAAAAACUAAAAAAAAAACAUUAAACAGAGCAAAUGCGUGACAAGCGCACACACGUACACACCGGGCACACAAGGUGGUAGGAUUGUUUCAUUGUUUCUGUCCACUGUUCUAUAAUUCUUUGUGUUUAAACUCACUCUAGUCUCCUCUAGAUAAGGAGGCACAAAGGAGACGCAGAACAUCAUGCGUUUUAAAGCCCCAAACAAAUCUUCAAAUGAAACAACAACUAAACGAUCCUCUUGGAAUGGUUCUUUGUGUGUUUGUGCGAUAAUAGCGCAUAAUAGUGUAAACGCAUACACAAAAACGGUAAAACCAGCUAAACCAAAAUUCAUCUCAGCUGCAGAACAAUCUGACGGAAAAACAUUCGUUUGAAGGAAAAGUUUUGGUGAGAUAAAAACAAAACAAAACCUAAAAGCAAAACACGCAUACAGAAUAGAAAAGACAGUAAAGCACACUGAGUGUCCUUUUUUUGCAUGUAUAAAAAUGGGAGUGUUUGAACAUCUAAAAUAGCUACUAACUUAAAAUUCAAACAAAAACAGUGGCGUUACUACUAGUGCGAUCGUUCGUGUGAUCGCGAAAAGAGAAGAAGAAAAUUCGCAAUUCAUUUUGCAAUUAUUUUUUUCCUCUUUUCUUUUCCUCUUUGAAACCUUUCCUUUCAAACCUAUCUUUACAAACCUAUACCGCCUCUCUUUAUCACUCUCGACUGUACCGAGACCAGACGUAGAGCACGACGCUACCAAAGAAUAGAAGCAAAGAAUAAAAACAAAACAGUCACUAAAUUAUAGUUGAAGCUCUUGCUGCGCUCUUAAUAGACUUUAAUAGCCAAGGAAGGUCGCCGCAAUGAUCGAAGAAGAAAGAAAUUACAUAAAUCGCAACACACAUCCACAUAGCUCCAGGAACAAUAACAACCAGCAAACUCGUAAAAUCCCCCCCAUUACCAUCACGUGCAGAUCAUCAGAUCGGUCCCAUCCGACAAAAACAAAGCCGAAAGCACCAUUCUUUAGGACCCAGGGCGCAGGAUAGUUAGAUAGCUAAGUAGCUAAUUAGUUAUUAAUUUUCUACCAAAACAAAAAAAAACAAACCGAUCGGUUAUAUGCAGCUCAGGUUAGCAGGCACUCAAGCUCUUCACCGGGGUCCUUUAAAAUAAAAAACUCAAUCACCCACACACACACACACAAAACAAAAUGCUUAAAGACCUUCGGGUGGACUGUGGGUGGAUGGUGCCGUAAAACUAGAAUGCGCCAAAAAAACUCACCCCAAAAUACACACUACUUCUCAUUUGAUAAGCUUGUAAGAAUAUACAUGCAUAAAUAAACGUACAUUAUACAACCAAUUGCAUUAGAUCUAUAUAUUCGCUUCGCGGUGUUUUUUGAUGGUAAAGAAGUGGGCACACAUGCACUUCCAUCCGCAACCGGUUCGCGUUCGCGUGCUUUGGUGUUGAUUGGAAAUAUGUUUUCCUUGUGCUUUCAAGCGCAGGAAGUAAAGUUUUUGCUGCAGGCAAAUAUCAAAAACCAAAAAACCCAAACAAAAAAGCAUACAUAGCGCCAACAGUAAUGGUUACAAAACAUACAUUCAAUCCAAGCAUAACUUGUCUGACAAAACAAACGAAAACAAAAAAAAACACGCGACAAACUACACCCUAAGAACAGUAUGUACGCGUACGCGCGUAACGAACAGCUAUUGAAAGUAUAUACAUAUAUUUUUUGUAAUACACACCUGCUAUACGCUUUGAAAUUUCAUAUUUAUACUACCUUAUAAAACAAAAGCAACAAUACAAUAACAAAAACGUGGCAUAUAAGUGGCACAAACGCGUCUGCUAAUAUAUAUUUACAAGUGAACAGAACAAAAGCGUUAAAGAACCGAUGCGUUAAAGGAGCGAAAAAGGCGAAACAAGAAUAACAAUAACGAACGAAUUCUUUGGUGGCAAGCUACAAAAGGGGUGAAAAACAAAGGAUUCAGUUGAAAGUGUGUCGCCAUGUUGGUAGGAAAUUCAUUAUCGCGCCCCUAAAACUAUCAGGAUGGUUUCGGAACACACAGUCACAGCCACAGGAAGCUAUCCAAACAAAAAGGAAAAUUGAGUUUUGUUUUUAGCAUAGUAUCUCACUAAUUUCCAACCAAUUGAAUCCAUUUUCCAACAUGCUAAAACCUCCCUUGCAAGGUCUCGCAUUAUAGUCCUUCAAAAACCGAACUUUAGAACUAAACGAUCAUUAUGCCGAGCUGUGUGGUAUGUGUGAGCGAAUGUGAUUCAAAACGCGUGAUUGCGAAAGCCCCCUGCCCCUCCCACAAUUUGCCCCACUGUUCCCGUUUACGAGGAUUACGAAGAUGUGUAUGAAAACAAUAAUUUACAACCAAACAACUAGAGACAAACGCAAACAGGACAAAACAAAAUGAAACAAAGAAAAACGAGAGCUUCUUCCGAUUUGUAGCGUAAAAAAAACAACAUUCCGACACCACAAUGCAAGGAUGCAUUCCAGGCUAUUUAAUGCAGCGACCAUGAAUGCACCUUUUUUGGCAGCAGCCAUCCAUCAUACAUCCCGUACCUCUCUCAUUUAUGCUGCUAAUGCUGAGGCACAAUGCUUUUGGGUGAAAACAUUUUUUGCGCUAAUGAAUGGCCUUCCAGACGUCCUUUGGAACAUUCAGCAACCACACAUACACACACAUACACAUGCAUACAGAGAAGAACAAAAAAACGACACGAGAGUUCGGGUAAAAAAACCUAAUUUUUGGUAGCAUCUCUACCGGGCAGCAACAUAAAGAUGGAAAAUUAAGAAGAAAAAACAGAAGAAGCAGAAGAAGAAAACAACAACUCGCAACACAAUCCAAUCACUCAGUAAGAGGUUACAGUCGGAAAAUUGCAUCCUAGGCAAAAGAAAAUUCGUCCAUUUUUGUAGGAUUUUGCGACGCGCGUUAAACAUAGGUGUUAGAAAGAAAGAGAGAAAGAGAGACAAAAGAGAGUAAACAAAACUAACAAAACAAAACAAAAAAAAACAACAUGCAAAAAUGCAAAAAAAAAAACAAAUCUUAUCGAUAGUGUGUCAUUAAGUCCCUUUUUCCCUACACCCUCUCUCCCGUAACUUCCCCCCAACAACCCCUCACACAAGACCCGUAUUAUCCGGGUCCGCUGAUGAGUGCGCAGCAAAAGUGGGUAGCAAAACGAUGUUAGCAACACCUGCGAAUGCUUGUUGAAUGCUCGCACAUGAUAUGCCAUAAAGCUGGUGUUGGUGAUGAUGAAUCAUGAUGGGGCAACUGAGCAAAAGAAUCCGAAGGAAACAUUUCGCUAAACAGUGCUGAACAAUCUUAUCCCGAACGCUGACACGCUAAUUGCCAGUGGACUAUAUACAUAUACAUAUAUAUAUAUAUAUAUAUACACAUAUAGGGCUUGCAAGCAUCAUGUUAAUGUUUUCCGUUUUUAUUACCUGCUAAUCUCACCGCUAAAUCCGGUUUUGCGGCUUAACCUUCUUUAAAGCUUUCACCUUUCACGAGAGAAUGGCGCUUGCACAACGCGCACCAUUACCUUACCGAGUUGAGUUGUUUCACCACCACCCCUCCCCCGCCGCCUCGUUAUGUACAACCAUUUUUGCUAUUUACCCCUAAGCGCGUGAGCACACCAUCAGAAGAGGCUCGUACUUAGGCACCUAUAUAACUACCUGUGACUAACUACUAACAACUUAUCUAUCCCUCCUUUGACUAGUUUAAUUGAUUUCUUCAUGGGGGGGCAUCGUGAUGCCCCGUUUUUCGUCUACUAUCGAUAGAAUACGAUGAUUUGGCUCGUAAACGGAUUAAAUGAAAUUUUGAAAAUAUAAAACCAAAAUGACUCAAAUUGCAGAAUAAUAAACAAAAACCUACACAGCAGCAGUAAAACAAAAGUCAUACUAAAUGAAAAGAUGAAGCGAAAUUUAAAAAAAAACAGCAAACCCACACACACACACAAACACACACAGCAUAUAUAUAAUCUAUGUAUAAAGAAUAGAGAACAAACAACAACAAAAAAACGAUGGGAAAAGCGUAAACAAAACUAGUACUAAAAACAUCUACGGCAAACACUAUAAGCAAGAAAGGCAAAACAAUAAUUAAACGAGAAACGAGAAAGAAAGAGCGAACAUUCCGUUACGUUAUGGAGGUUAACAGCGGAGAGGAAAACCGAAACAAGCCGAUGAAAGAAAACUGUAGCGAACAAUGUAAGUGGAAAAACAGAAGAAGAAGAAGAAAAAACCCAGAAAUGAAUGCAUAGAAUAGAUUAUAUAUCAUGUAUAAGUAUGAAUAUAUUUAUAUACAACACACAAGACACACACAUAUAAGUGUAAUGAUGUAAACAUUUACAGAUUAGUUUUAAUAGGUGAUCAUACACAAAACGGAAAGAAAACGGAACAGCAGGAAGGUAUUAGAACAAAUAAACAAAAAAAGCAUGCUACCGGUGUAAUUAAAUUAAACAACAAACCGCUACAAGAAGCCCGUUAAUAAGCGAAGAGAAAAAAGGCAAUGAACACACUCGCACACAGAAAAAAAAACAAACCACCCGUUCCUAUCUCCGGUCAAUCGGAAGACAGAACAGACAGAACAGUCUUUACAGUUCAACAGCGGCAGGUGGAAUAUUUGGAAGAGAACGUAUUUUGCGGAAGCUGGUCAACGACGACAGCUUCCAGUUUAGCAUGUAUUUGAUAACAUGUUGGUUGACGUCCGACGUCCGAACAGCACUAAACCGUGUUAGUGCAAAUUAAGAUCUCUGCACUCUAUAUGGGCUAUGCUUGGGUAUAAUCAGUCACACGUUAGAAACAAUGAAGAGCACCUUCUGGCCUUCUCUCUAUUUAACAAAACAUACAAUCGAGUGUUGAGUGGUAGUCGAACAAAUCGGAAUCCGCUAAGAAGAAAAUGGGCAACAACAACAAAAAACCGAAGUUACUGUGAAAGUGUAGUGGGCAUCCUAAAUAUGCCCUGGAUUAUCAAUUGCGGUUCCGAAAAAGUACGGAGUUGUAUUAUGCAGCGCGCAAACCAAAUUGCUUGUUAGUCAGUUUGUCCAGCAAACAAACAAAAAAACAAUAAUAAUCCAACCGUUACAGUACCAACUCGACACACGUACACUGAAAAUAUAAAUACUACAAGAGCAAACGAAAACAGCAACACAAGACUAUAAUCGAACAAAACAUGUUUAAUGCAAAAGUACGUAACACAUGCUAAAUCAAACAAAAAAAAAUAUUCCGCUUGGGGUUUUUUUUGUUUUUUUUUUUUAAUUUUCCAUUUUUCCGUGUUUGGGUUAACUGAUAACAUUUCCCAGUUUUUUGAUGCUAUACUGUUGUUACAAAUGCUGACCUUUUCUCCAAACCGCCCCAUAACCCCCGGUCCCGGUGCAUGAGGCAGGUUUACGAUAAAAGCUACAUAGACGGGGAAAUGCUAAACAAACAAAAAAAAACAA